AAGAUGCGUUGAGUUUCUCUGGUCGACUACCUCGUCGAUCAGUCCAAGAUAUGAGACAAAGAUUGAGGUGGCGGUGAAUUCUUUGGUGUGGAGGGUGUAGAAGUGUCGUCACUCCGAUUGCGCCUGGCACUGACUUUUCGCACAUAAGUUGUACCGAUGAAAUAGCAAGUCAAAGUUAAAGUUUUUGCUUGGUGUAUUGUAUUGCCGUAGACUGUGACUUGUGAACUUCGAAAGUGAAGCGUGGUGCUGGAAUCUUGUAGAGAAAGAAAAACCCCUGGGCCUGGCGGCGGUAGCCGCGAGAGACGGGUCGCGAUGACGUUGCGGCAGUGGGAGCUGCUAGUUUCUCUCGGUGGCCGGAAAGCAAGAGCAUCAUCUCUUCGCAAAAUGACGACAGUAUCGACUCUUAUCUUUUCUGUGCUGUCAUUUGUCGCAGCAUUUCCGGCGACUACCGCACUUACACGUGAAGAUUCGGCGAGACAUCCGCGAUUGGACGCCGGCAGGGAGCGAGAUCAAGGUGGCGCGACGCCUCCCACCAAAGACGAUGAAGAUGAAUCUCUGACAGAGAAAGAAAAAAAGCUGAUGGACCUCUUGCAAGAUGUUUUAGAGGAAGAUAAAGCGAAAGAGCAUUCGCUGAAAAAGCCCGAUCAGGCCCAAAGAAUGCAGGCCUCGACAAAUAGCAUUCGGCAGCGCACUCCUGCAAGAAAGCAGAACGAGAACGAGAUGAAUCCUCCUACAACAGUGGUCAAUCCUUCGGCAAGAACGAAGUACAAAGUGCAUGAGAAUUUCCGCGAGCAGAAUAAGCGGGGCGAUGAUGGUGCGCAGAGCAGCCUUGUGGAAAGCGAGAGGGAUCUUCGCUUUCGUUCUUUCGCAGAUCACUCGGACAAGCAGAGCAGCACGUCAGAACCCUCAUCACCCACAAACACAACUCGCCUGCCCGAACUGGACCCCCGCGAGUUUAAGCACAUGACUUUGGCAAACGGAUUGGGCGUCCUGUUGGUGCGUGACCAGGACGCGCGUAAGGCUUCCCUCGGUAUGGCGGUACAGACCGGUAGCGCGAACGAUCCCGUUGCACUACCCGGACUCGCACAUUUCCUGGAGCACAUGCUGUUCCUCGGGAGCGAAAAGUUUGAGGAUCCUGAAGCUUUCGGCAAGGUCAUUUCGCAGUGCGACGGCUCCGACAAUGCCUAUACCGACCAGCAGCACACAGUCUACUUCAACGAAUUCGCGCUGGAUUGCUUGGACACGGUAAGCAACUCGAGCUCAGAGCUCCUGUUUGUGGUUAAGGUUAUUUUUUCAGUCCGAUAAAACUAUGAAUAUGUAGUAUGAGUGCCUUUUUGAAUGCGUAUGCGGGGCGGCGUCGGUGAAUGGAAUCUUUGUUUCGAGAUGUGAUUGGGUGGGAGGAGCAGCAAACCUUUUUUGCUCCACCCGAGAAGUUAGAAGAUGAUGCUGCGAACAGGAAAGUAGCGCCAUGCUGUUCUAAAACGAUGAACUUUGGUGAUGCUACUGUUCCACAGGUUGCUGAGGUGUUCGCGGGAUUUUUCAAAGACGCGACGCUGAACUCUUCUUUCGUCGAAAAGGAAGUGAACGCCGUGGACCAGGAGCAUGCAAAAAACAAGAACGACAUGAGUCGGCGAAUGUACGAGCUGAUGAAGCACCAGUCCGCGGACCCAAAAUCACCCAUGAGCCACUUCUUUACCGGCGACAAGGAAACCCUGUUCGACCUCCCGAAGCAAAACAACAUCGACACCACAAAGGCACUCCGCGAGUUCUACAAUCUCUACUACUGUCCGAGCAACAUGGCCCUAACUAUCGUAGGCUCCGCCCCCUUGGAGCAGCUGGCCGGUGUCGCCGAAAAAUACUUUGCGUUCGAGAAGAGCUGCAAGGCACCACCCGACGACAGCGUUUUUCACAAGGAAGAAAUGUUCUGUUUGAACCACUUGCCUGCCACGGAAUUGUCGGCCUUCCCCGCGAUGACGCGCACAAAGUCUGAUCCGGAGGACGAGUGCGCGGACGCCAUCGCUCCCGAGGUGCAAGGGCGGCACCUCUGCGACUACCCCGAGGCUUUUCCCCCAUCCCGCCUCGGAUCUCUUUAUGUUUCGGAUACCCUGGCCUCUCCCGAGCUCUGGUUCCUCUUUCCGCUGCGAAUCAAGGUGAGCACUUUCUAACUAAAACUGAAUACCUUUUUUCCGUUGGCUUUCGGGUGAUCGAUGUAGACAAGGUGAAGAUGCAGCUUGUUCUACCUGAACAUCAUUAGAAUUAAGUAGUCUGGUAGACAGUACUGCAGCUAUUCCUCUUCGGAAUGAUCGACUAUGAUGAAGAGGAAGUGCAUACAAUAUUACUCACCAAAAAUGUACCAGAACCUGGAUGCAAAAUACCAGUACGGCGUGGAGCAGUACUUGUCUUUUCUGACGGGUGACGCCGGUCCGACGAGUUUGCAGACCGUGUUGAAGCAGCAAGGUCUGAUCACGGGCAUGGGGCAGUGGUUCAUGCCGGGCGCCGCCGGGCCAGCGGUGUUCUUCAUUUUCUCACUAACCGAGGAGGGCGACAGCAAGGUGGACCUGGUGCAGAAGGCCUUCUUCGCCUGGCUACAUGAUGUCCGCGAGAAAGGGGUCAACGAAGACUACUAUCGAGCGAUCCAGCAGCUCUCCCAGGUAAACUUCAAGUGGGCGGAGCGAGGCGGCGACCCCAUGGACACGGCGGCAUCGCUGGCGCGGGCGCAGACCGAGUAUGCUCUUCCCGACCUUGUGGCCGGCGGAAGCAGCAUCGACGCGCUCUCGCCCUGUUUGGUCGACAAGCUCUUCUCCUUUUUUACACCCGCAAACAUGAACAUUGGUAUGACGUCGAUUUUUAUUUCUAAUGCGGCGAGGAAUUACGGAUUUUUUACGAUGAAGACUAUACUUUUUUUGAUCUUUGUCUCUUUGAUGAAGUCGGAUAUCUGCCUAUAUGCGUCGAUCGUCGAAAACAUCUUCGCGUCUGCGCUGUCUGCGAGAGAUCGGAUUGUGGUCGAACUUUUCAUCUCGUUGCACCUAUCAGAUUUUCUUCUUCUGCGACUGCGUGCAUGAGUAUAUGUGAUUCAAAAAUAAAUACAGGGCACGCCACCAAACGAAGCGAUCUGCUCGAUGGGUUGAACGAAAAAGCUCCGCACUAUGGGUACUCGUACAAGCAGGUCCCGCUCACGCCCGCGCUUUUGUCCGACCUGCAAGAUGUGUCCCUCGCCAAGCUGUCCGCGGAUUUGCAGCAGGCCGCAGAUGAACCGGCUGGGGCCCCCUCGAAAGUGGGCAGCGCCAUCGCGUUGAUCAAAUUACCGACUGCUUUCAAAUACGUUCCCAAGGUCAACCAGGUGUUGCUGCCGGCGGAAGAGCGGCACGGCAUUCCGACCCGGGAGGAGAGUCUCGAUCUUUACCAUCUGGGCCCGCAGCCGAAGACAGUCACACCCAAAAUUAUGCUCGGGUUCCACCUCGAGACGGUCCGACCAAAAGAAGAAGAAGGUGUGGUGUCCUCCACCGAAGAUGAAGACGAGAAGAUGAAGAACACCGCCCGACCCAGUGUCAAAACCAGCAUAUUCUCGGAGCUGCACGCAAUGCUCGCGUCGAGGGUCCUGGAGCCGCUGGUCGACUCUUUCGUGAACAUAUCCACAGAAAAAAACCCAUCCACAUCCAAUUUGUCACGCAAAGCGCGUACUUGGUUAUCAAAUCAUGUGUUAGUGUUUGCCACGCACAAAUGGAUGUGGAUGGGUUUUUUUCUGUGGAUAGAACACGGGGUCGAGCUACAGCUACGUGGUAGGCUCCAACAGUGAGGCUUUCAGUUUCUCCGGAUACCCGGACCACACGGAAGAACUUAUGGCCACCGUCGUGCCAAGGGCCCUAAAUCCCUGGUAUGUUGAGACGCAGUCGUCCGAGGACGCUGGUGCGGCAUCUUCACCUUCAAACACGACUGGCGAUCCGACGGAAAACAUGAAAAAGCUGUUCCGUAACCUCGUGUUGCAACUGCGGGACUCGCUGCAAGACGUGUCUUCGAGUCUCGCGGUCGCCCAUUCCUCGGAGUAUUUCAGUGUGCUCACGCAGCAGGCCAGUUUCUCGCGCGAGGAAAAGCUCGAGUUUCUUCAGAAGUACGUUGAAGCGGAGGACCAGGACGGACAGCUGCUGCAGGAGCCUGCUCCGACACAACAAGAAUCGGCAAGUGCCUCGGAGCCAAGUCCAAGUGCAGCUACUGGCGAAAUGAAUUUCCUGCAAGUGCAGGAAGAGAGCACGACUGCCACGCAGCGGGCGAUCAAGCUACCCGAGGGCACCGUGCUCCUCAUGCCGGAGGAGGCAACCCAAGUCGCCGAUGACCUCGCUACCCUAAAUUCUGCUUUGGAUUCUCUGCAAAACGUGUUCGGCGACAAACUGAAUCUGACAUCCAGUGCCAUUCCGUCCAGCAAUGUGGAGAAAGAGUCGAAGGUACGCAAAAACAAAAUUAUCGCUGAUUGUCCAUCGGACGUGAUGCCUGUUGCUAGAUUCAGCUGUCGUCGCGCAUGCUGAAAAACCAAAAUGAUAAUCGUGUUUUCUAUGCGUCCUUUUAUUGUCACGACUCGCGUAUGGUGUUCGCUAGAAGAAGAAGUACUCUGAACAAUAAACUCGAAAUAGAAAUACACAUACUCGUUGCUUCGGAGGUGCUUGUAAAGUUGUUACAUGUAGAGGGUAUAUAUACAUACUGGUACAUGCUAGCAUUGCAUUGUACCUACUCUGUAGGAUUUCCUUAUAUACAGGAGGAUCCGUUCUCGGGGAGUCGACUGGGCGAGUUGUAUCAAGAGCUGCACGACCACGUGCUGCAGGGCAAGAACACCAAAAAGCUUCGCGUGACGGCGCUGGCCGUCGGCAAUAUGGAUCAGGAGCAGGCGAAGAAGUUCACUGCCAAAUUUCACGAACUGCUGGUCGAGCAGCCCGGCGUGCUUGGGCAAGCGAAUCUGAUCGCACCGAAGGACGGGUCCGCCUACACGCGCAUCUGGGAAGAUCGCGUGCUGAACCAGACGGAACGGAUCGAGCUGCGGGUGAAGAAUCCGAUCGAAACGGAUGCGAACGACGCCAUCCGGAUGGUCUGGCGCUACCCGGUCACGCCGAAUCUGAAGGAAAAGGUGUUGCUGAACGUGAUGCUGCCCCUGAUUUCGAAGGAAACCUUCUCUUUUUUGCGCACGAAACACCAGCUGGGCUACGUGGCCUUCGGGCACAUCGCGCCGCAGCUGAACACCGUCCAAUACGUGGUGGGCGUUCAGGGCACCAAACUCGGCCCCGACGCCAUCGAGCCGCUGAUCGUGGAAAACAACCAGCUGAUCCGAUCUGCCAUAGCGGACAUGAAGGACGCGGACGUGCUCUCCCGGAAAAACGCCUUCCUGAGCCAGCUGGCGCAGCCCGCAACCAACAUCGGGUCGGAGUACGCCACCCUGUGGGGUGAGAUUUCCAGUGACAAGUACUGCUUCGAGCGCACCCAGUACCUACUGGACCUGAUGCGAACGUACAUGAAUGAAACCGCCACCUCGGGAAGCAAGCUGGAAUCCUUUGUUCAACAGCCACCCGGUAUUGAUACAACCGCUACAGAGGAAUUCGCGGACGAAGAAGCGGACGAAGAAGAUGAGAUGCUCAGUGCCACCACCGAGGACUCUAGUAGCGUAGUCGAGGAGCAGGAACAAGACGAAGAGCAGCCGACGAUCGCCGGGUCGUUCGCUCAGGAGAACGCAAAGGCGGGUGCUGCUGAAAGUGGCACCUCUACUCCUGCUUCGUCGGCGAACAAAGCCGCGAGGACAACAGACGACCUCGACGCGAGGACAACAGACGACCUCGACGCGAGGACAACAGAUGACCUCGAUGACUUGGUCAUGAAUACCGCUGCGGAGAGGGAGCAGGACAGCACGCAAGCUGAAGCAGAAAUAAACACGAGCAUAGAAGAGGACGUUCCUGGUCGUGACGCAUCACCGGCGCCGCGCACAAGCGAGUUGGGAGGGGAAGAAGAAGCCCUCGCUACUGGUACUGGUGCAACUCCUGGUGAAGAUCAUGUUGAUGACACAUCGACUCCUGCCGACAAGAGCGAAGCAGAAGGCUGCAGCGGUGUCGUUUCGUGUUUGUCCAGAGCUUUUUUUGGGCCGAAGACAGUCUCUAGACCUGUGGACAGCGCACCUGCUCGCGAAAAAUCGCUUGUGCAAUCGUGGGUACAGACGUCUCCCUGGGUUGCGGCCAACGAUGGAAGUACAACUUUCAUUCAGGUAGCAGCCCAAGAAGAUGAUGGGGUCGAAAUGAAAAAAAACCGCCCGCAAAAGGUGACGCAAAAUUCUGAUGUCGUUCCGAAUCAACCAGAUAGCAGGGGGCUGCAGAAUCUACGGCAGAAUUUAGGGCUUCUGCAAAAGAUUUUGUUGCGUAAGGAGCGCGAAGGAGAAGCCGAACCAAAAGCGCAUCACGGUCGAGGCGCCGCACAGCAGCAACAAGGUGAUCGGGAAAAUGAUCCUCAAUCAGCAGAUGCAAUGUUGAACCCUGAGGGUUACAAAAACAGCCAGCACGAGAGCAGGGCUUCUGCGCUUUUGCAACAGCACCACGCGCAUGAUGAAAAGGCACCAGGGCGAGGCAGUGAACAACAAGUAGCGGAUGCUCCGAGUUCUUCACCCAGCAAGCUGGCAGCUGCGACAGCCCACACAGUACGUAGCCGAAAGCACCACCAUGGCCACCGGCAUGCGUCGCCCCUUGUGCAUCAAAAUGUAGCAGGGCACGGGGCACGGUACCGCGCGAAACUUCUGAAUCUGUUGGGCCAGCUGAUAUCCGAGGACGAAGGACAGGAGCACGUGGAAGCCAAAAAAGGUCUUCAUCAAGGCAGAGAAUUAGACGUGGUGACGAAAACGGUGGGAGCCGCAAGGCACCCAGUUGCCUCAUCCGUUACGAGUGAGGGGAGGCGCUCCACGAGUGUCGAGAAACGCCAGGACGCGCAGCUCAGCGAGACUUUCCGCCGAAAGUUUUUGCAGCAAAACCAAAAGGAAACACGCCAAGCAGCAUCUGCAGGGAAGUCUUCGCACCACGCGAACCAGGGCAGGAAGAGAAAGACUGCACGACAAAGCACCAAGGACACUGAUGAAGCGACUUCUACCGAUCACGAAACUAGUGCUGCGCAGUUUUCGGAGACGGAGGAGCACGAGAGAGAGACGAGCACAACAUCCACGACCAGGGAUGACGAUGAACCCGAAGAGGAAAACUCCAAUGCCUCCCCGACAGAUGAACCACAAGCGCAGGGGGAGCCGCCGGCGGAGCUUAGCGAGCAGGCCAAGUCCGUGGCCGACGCGAUUCGUUCCGAGAUGCUCGAGGUCUUUGAUCGGUUCUUUCUCGAGCCCCCCAUCGCCAUCAAGUUGUUUGGCAAGCAGGACCAGGCGCAGUUGCAGACGCAGGUGCAGCAGAACAAGAACGCCACUGGUAGCAAGAGCAAAAAUCUGGUAUGCGCAAUCAUGCCACCGAGGAAAACUGGUAAUAGUACCACGACUGCCACUGGUAGUUCGGCUUUUCUGGAGGAGGAAGAUGCCUCCAAUGACGGGGACGACGGCUGCCUCCUUACAGAACUUCCCGACGCCGAGGAGCGCACAGAAAUGUUGCAACAACAGCACUACAAUUAUUUCCCAACGUAUCGCAAGAAAAACCUGGUUCACUGUCACUGUCAGCUUCUCAUGCAUAAAAAAAAUGAAACACAGCCCUGCCCUAUUUGUCUUGCUACAACACCUGCAACAAGACAUUGGAUUUUAUUCGAGCGAGUCUCCUCUUGGGGAGCGCGCAUGGCAGAUUUCGUCCUGUGUCAUGUGCAUAACAAACUUGUGACGCAGAUCUUGCCGAAUCAUCACAGUGAAAAAGUUUUUCGCUUGAUACAACGGAAACUGUUUGUGCGCCCUACCAGCCGUAAAGCACCGACCGGCGCGGGAGUUACUUUUUUAACGAACUUUUCUGACUUCUUUUCCGGUUUGAGAUAGACAGACUUCGUGCUGCGAUCGAGAUGAUGCAUAAUAUGUUAUCUCUAGGUGAUCGGAAGUGCGACAUUUCCUUCAUUCUGGUCCCAGUUUCUGGUACUUCGUCGUGCAGCCAAGGAACACAAGGGAAAUCACAACAACAGCGCAAGACACUUUCUUAGGAUGGUGAAGAUUCAAGAAAUGACAGCUGCAUGACGACGGGCGGAGCGAAGAUCUGGCUACACAUGUAUCUCAAACUCUGUUUCUGUUUGUUUUUCUUUGAGCUCCUCUACUUCUUGCGAUCAUCAUACUUACAUAAUCAAUGUCAAUGGUCGGCGAAGUUUUAGUUUAUUGCAAAUCCUUUUAUUUCCGGAACAAUGGGAGGCUGGCUUAGUGGAGCAGGAUAGACAAAUACAGGUGGAAUGAAGAGAACUGAUUUUUUUUUUGUAUUCGCGGCUUGUCAAUGUUACUAUACUUAAGUACUUAAAUGGCUAAGCAUGAAGGCCGCGUACGCCGCGG